UUGUUAGCUAACAAGCUAGCCAUUAAACCACCCGAGAGUCCGCAGACUGAAGAGUAGAGACAGAGCUCGAACCAGGCACCCCCACUAGGAGUUCAGGACAGGUACGCCUCCCAGCAACUGCUGGUCAACAAAUAGCUCCACCGCUAACUGCAGCCAAAACCACAAUAUCACCUUUUACAUUUCUGUUUCAGAUGCGGCUUAGACAUCAGACAGACCUGGAGCUUUUAGGAAGGUCUUUUUAUUCAUUUUUUAACGGAGCUGGGCUAACAGUUUCCCCCUGCUUCCAGUCUUUGUGCUAAGCUAGGCUAAUCACCUGUCCGAUCUCCGUGCUUGAUGCACAGACUUGAAAUUCAUGUCAGUGCUCCUUUAUCACUCUGGAUUAGAAAAUAAACUAGUGUAAUUCCCAAAGUGAUCCAGUUGUUCCCUUAGUAAAAACAGAUCCGUGAGCAAUACCCCUCGAUAACUAAAUGUCCCGCGGCACAAGGCGGGAGGGACUGAGCGCACCGGCUAGCGUGGCGUUAGCUGAAGACCAGGAUGGAGGACACCUGUGGACGGAUCAAGCAUUUCACCGGAUGUGUCGGCGAGAGAGGAAAUGAAGCCAGUUAUCCCCUGGAAAUGUGCUCGCACUUUGAUGCUGAUGAGAUUAAGAGGCUGGGGAAGAGAUUUAAGAAACUCGACCUAGAUAACUCCGGGUCCCUGAGCGUGGAGGAGUUUAUGUCCUUACCAGAGCUCCAGCAGAAUCCGCUCGUGCAGCGGGUUAUCGACAUAUUCGACACCGACGGAAACGGGGAAGUCGACUUUCAAGAGUUCAUUGAAGGAGUCUCCCAGUUCAGUGUCAAAGGUGAUAAGGAGCAGAAGUUGCGUUUUGCCUUCAGGAUCUACGACAUGGACAAAGACGGCUACAUAUCCAACGGAGAGCUCUUCCAGGUCCUCAAGAUGAUGGUGGGCAACAACCUGAAGGACACGCAGCUUCAGCAGAUCGUUGACAAAACCAUCAUCAACGCAGACAAAGACGGCGACGGCAGGAUAUCCUUCGAAGAAUUCUGUGCGGUCGUCGGUGGACUGGACAUUCACAAGAAGAUGGUGGUGGACGUCUGACACCUUUUCUUUUUUCUCUUCCUCCAUUUACUGAAGAUCUGCUUGAAGGCGUUGUCCAGCAAAACGUGUUGCCUGUUUUCAAAGGAAGUAUUUUGUCUGUGAAACCCCCCCAUCCCCCACCCCACG